AUGUUCGGCCAACCCGUCGCUCGCCGUCUGGCCCAACAGACACGCACGAUUUCCAGACUGUACAACCCAGCAUCGUCGCCGCUUUUGCAUGCGUCAAGGAGAUCGGCUCGGCGGUGGCAGCACUCUGGCGCUACUGCAACCAACAGUGAAGGAGCUGCUACCGCAUCGAAUUCUGCCAACACUGAGCAAGCUGCUCAAGCCAUUAGCUUUGCCGAUAAUGGCAAGGGAAAUGUUGCCUUCGCGUCAGGCAAUUCGAGUGGCGGAGGUGGACUGGCACUGCGAAAGGGCCUCUUCUACGUCAUGUUCGGGCUCGCUUUUAGUGCCAUUGGAGCGUAUGGCUCAUGGCAUACCCUCAAGACGCAGGGAUUGGGUUUUUAUUCCGAUGAAGAGAGCUUGAAGCGAUUCACCCCCGAAGAAGCCGAUGUCGAGGCGCGACGAAUCGAAGACACAAUUAAUAACCUCCCCCUGGUGGCUGAGCAGCGCCAGCGCCCAGAAAUGGUCGAGUCGCGACCACACCUAAAGAUGCCCGGUCAAUAUCGAGCACGAAGCCUCACCGGUAGCGCAUUAACCGGGCCCGGCAAGGUUCCUGUCCCUGCGUAUGCUUGGGUUGACAAGGGUGGCAAGUCCCUUGUCUCCGUCGUCUACGUCGGAGAAGACCUGUGCGGCCACCCGGGUAUUGUCCACGGCGGGUUCCUGGCCACGAUGCUCGACGAGGGCCUUGCACGGUGCUGCUUUGCCGCUCUACCUCACAACAUCGGGGUGACUGCCAAUCUCAACAUCAACUAUCGCAAGCCUACUCCUGCGGGCAGCUAUCUGGUGCUGAGAGCAGAGACCACAAAGGUGGAGGGCCGCAAGGCUUGGGUCAAGGGACAUAUUGAAUCUGUCGCCGCUCCGGGAGAGGAGCCUACGGUGUAUGCUGAUGCAACAGCCUUGUUUGUAUCUCCCAAGUUUGCAGCGCAAACAACCCCCCCCUCUUACAAAAAAGCAAAAUCGCAACCAUUGACGCAUCAAGCGUAUGCUAACGACACCAGCAACAUCACGUGGCACCCGUCCCUCUCGCGCAAAGAGCGCAACGAGCUCCGUGGCCAGCGCGGCCUCACCAUCUGGCUCACCGGCCUCUCAGCCUCGGGCAAGUCCACCGUUGCCACCGCUCUCGAGCAGCACCUCCUGCACCUCGGCCGCGCCGCCUACCGCCUGGACGGGGACAAUGUCCGCUUCGGCCUCAACAAGGACCUGGGCUUCUCCGAGAAGGACCGCAAUGAGAACAUCCGCCGUAUCUCAGAGGUCGCCAAGCUUUUUGCCGACUCGUCCACUAUUGCCAUUACGUCCUUUAUUUCCCCGUACCGAGCAGACCGUGAUGUCGCCCGCCAGCUACACGCCGCUUCGCAGGAUGUCAAAGACGAGCCGAUCCCUUUUGUCGAGGUAUUCGUCGACGUUCCUCUCGAGGUCGCUGAGCAGCGUGACCCCAAGGGUCUGUACAAGAAGGCUCGCGCUGGCGAGAUCAAGGAGUUCACUGGCAUCUCGGCCCCUUAUGAGGAGCCCAUCAACCCUGAAAUCACUAUCAAGACGCACGAAAACUCGCUUGAGGAGUGCGUCGCCCAAAUCGUCAACUGGCUUCUGGAAAAGGGAUACCUUACGUUAAACUAG